CUCCAGUGGUGAAAAAUGUAAAAUGAUUCAUAGUAUAUAUUUACGGAAGAAGGAAAUCGGAGGUCAAUUCGCUUCUCCAAAACCCUAACAUUUCGUCUUUCUUCGUUGAAACACCCGAAGCUGUUAACCCGUACGAAUGGCGGAUUCUCCUGUGAGAAGGAACUCAAGGUCCCCUUCCCCGUGGAGAGCUCAAUCAAGAUCCAGGUCAAGGUCCAGGUCUAGGCCUAGGUCUAGGUCUAGAUCACGAUCUAUCCCAAGACAAAGGCCAAGGUCCCGUUCAAGAAGCCGCGGCAGAUCAAGAUCAAGAAGUCAUGAGAGGGUGGGAGAGACUCAAAAUCCAGGGAAUACACUUUAUGUGACAGGUCUAUCGUCAAGGGUGACUGAGAGAGACUUAGAGGAGCACUUCUCUAAAGAAGGAAAAGUUGCAUCAUGUUUUCUUGUGGUGGAGCCUCGAACACGGAUUUCUCGUGGUUUUGCUUUUAUCACAAUGGAUUCUGUUGAGGAUGCUAACCGGUGUAUCAAAUAUCUAAAUCAAUCAGUUUUAGAGGGUCGCUACAUCACAGUUGAGAGGUCGCGAAGAAAGCGGCCAAGAACUCCCACACCUGGACACUAUCUUGGGUUGAAAAGUACAAGAGACUAUGGGCACCGUGGUGGUGACCGUGGUGGUGAUCGUGGAAGGUAUCGAGGUGGACCUGGACGUGAUGAUUAUCAAUAUCGACGGUCCCCUAGGCGAUCACCAUAUCGAGGUGGCAGGGACUAUUCUCCAAGGCGCUCUCCCUAUGGUGGGGGUGGAAGAUCUAGGAGGGAAAGGUCUAGGUCACCCCCUUACUCUCCAUACGGCAGCCCAGAUAGGAGAUAUGCUCGGGGAUCUAGGUGAUGUUUUUGUUAUUGGAGUUUUUAGAGGGAAAGCAAGAAUGUGUAGCUAUUAUGGUACCUUGACCAUCUAUCUUUGCGUAUAUGUGAUGUACUUGUGUUCCCGAGGAUGUCUGCAGUUGUGUGCCUAGUUGUUAAAAUGUUCAAAACCUAGUGUUGGAAUGUGAAUCACAAGUCAGCAUGUGUCACUAGUGCAUAUCUUUUUAUGAUAUUUACUAUAUACUGUACGAACUA